AUGGCGCACCAUUGCCAGCAGUGUGACUAUUUCACAUCGCGGAGAAGUAAUCUGAAGAUUCACGUCAUGGCGAAACACACAGCUGUAAAGCCGUACCAGUGUGGGCACUGCGACUACUCAACAGUGGCGAAGAACAGGCUUGCCGAGCACAUCACGGCAACACACGGUGGUGUGAAGCCACACAAGUGUAACCUUUGCGACUAUUCUGCAGCACGGAAGUCUAAUUUGCACCGACAUCUUGCCACACACACCGGUGCGAAACCUUACAAGUGUGACGUUUGCGACUUUGCCACGUUGCACAAGUCUUACCUGAAGGAUCACUUGGCAAGUCACACCGGUGAGAAACCUCACAGAUGUGAAGUUUGUGAUUUUGCCACGGCACACAAGUCUUCUUUGGCCGAUCACAUGGCAAUACACACUGGCGACAAACCGUACAAGUGCAAAUCGUGUGAUUUUUCUACAGCACGAAAGUCCUCUUUGAUGCGACACCUGGCGGUACAUACCGGUAUCAAACCGUACAAAUGUGAUAUUUGUGGACACGCUACGCUACGGCUGUCUACUUGGAAACUACACAUGUCAACUCACACUGGCGAGAAACCUUACAAAUGUGACGUGUGCGAUUAUUCGUCAGCAAAGAUGUCUAAUUUGAAGUUACACUUGGCAACGCACACUGGUGAAAAGCCUUUCAAAUGUGAAGUUUGUGAAUACUCCACAUCGCGAAAGUCUUCUUUGAAGUCGCACAUGGCGACUCACACUAGUGACAAACCGUUCAAAUGUGACUCUUGUGGGUAUUCAGCGUCUCUAAUGUCUACUUUGAAGCGACACAUGGCAACCCACACCGGCGAGAAGCCUUACAAAUGUGAAGCUUGCGGAUAUUCUACAACAAAGAUGUCUAAUUUGAAGCAACACAUGACCUGCCAUAGUGGCGAAAAGCCUUACAAAUGUGAAGUCUGCGGUUUUGCGACUGCUCAAAAAUCAAACUUAAAGCGACACAUGGCAACUCACACCGGUGAAAAACCGUACAGAUGCGACAUUUGUGGGUACUCCGCGGCACAAAUUGCUACCUUGAAACAACACAUAAAUGCCCAUAGUGGUCAGAAGCCUUACCGAUGUUAUGCUUGUGAUUUUGCUACAGCACACCCAUCGUCUUUGAAGAAACACAUGGCAAAUCACACUCACCGGAAUCCAGAAAACUAUGACGCUGGUUUACAGAAAGGAAUCCCUGUCCUGUACAAAUGCAACUCUAUGGAACUCUCUUCUAUCUAAACUGAAAACAAUAUUUUCUGUCGGGUUCUUUAUGCGCCAGAACAAGGAAUAUCUAAUCACUUACACUGUUUACUUUGUUUUAUAAUUAUAAAUGUUUUGCUAAUUCAAUUAUCUACUUUACAAACUUCAUUUGCUGCGUAUAUUUUGCUUGUAUUAUGUAUUGCAUUAUAUCGUCGUAUCAUAUUGAAGUACUUUUAUCAUUAGGCAUUGUAACAAUAAUUGUAACAAUAUUCUAUCAUUGAUGUACUUAUGACAUGUUAAUUUGCACCUUUUCUUUUCAGUUUGCUACUUCAUCAAUCUAUGUCUAAAGGCGAUAUGUUGUCCCUGGACAAAUGGACCAGAAUGAAAAAAAAGAAGUGCUAUCCGGAGCUCGCCGAUAUCUAUUUUGAAGUAAUACAUAGUCACAUAUAGUUAUUAUUUCUUUUCAAUUUUUUGCGUAUCCUUAUACCGUAUUGCGACAUUUGAGCCCUUAGGUGGUGGAUGUUUAUUCGUAAUUUCAGUCUCCAAACUCAAACUCAAACUCAUUAAAUUUAGUUGCAAUAGUGAACCCUGCUGCUAGGAGGCGUGAACAUCAUCGUUUCGUCCCUGUAAUAAGCUAUAUUUGUACCACGAAAAUAACUCGAAAGAAUCCCAUUUAGUAAAUGUGAGAUAAAGACACUUAAUAAUUUUGCAAAGGUAACGGGAAUAUUGAAAUGGAACACGCUGUGGUCAAUUAUGACCCGAUAUUUCUAUCAAUAUUAAAGUAUGCUCACUUUUGUUGACAAUUGCAUGAGUAUCCAUAGCUCAAUUAUUAUCAGUA